AUGUCGCACUUCGGGAGAUCAAGGCUGCCAGACAUCAAGGACACCUACUCCCUCCUCGUUCUCAACAUCAACUUCCGCACCACUGCCGAUGAUCUCUUUCCUCUCUUUGAUCGGUACGGGAAAGUCAUUGACGUGUUCAUUCCAAGGGACCGGAGGACUGGAGAUUCACGAGGGUUUGCUUUUGUGAGGUAUAAGUAUGCUGAUGAGGCUCAGAAGGCUGUCGAUAGACUUGAUGGCAAGAAUGUGGAUGGUCGGAAUAUUAUGGUUCAGUUUGCAAAAUAUGGACCAAAUGCUGAGCGUAUACAUAAAGGAAAAAUUAUGGAAGCAGUUCCAAAGACAAGAGGAAGGUCAAGAAGUUGUAGCCCUCGGCCUAGUUAG